GUGCUCAAGGACUUAAAGUUGUCCGACUGCGGUCUGCGCACGGAGCCAGUAGGGUAACGGGACCAGGAAAGGAUAGAAGUCUGUACCAUGAAAUUGGAGCAAUGACCAAAGACAUUUUGAUUCAUUUUCUAUAGCCUUUUGGGCUAUUUUACCUGUUGUUUUUUGUUUUUUUGGUCUCACUGAGAUGUAAAACAUCUAUUUCAACUCUAGACGUAGCAGAGCACACAUGCCAUCAACUACCGGACAAGGAUCAACAUCAAAACAUCAUGUGGACAUGGGAAGAGAAUUGAUGCGUUUGGACAAGAUGACCAUGACAUAAAAUUGGAAUAUUUCUGUUUUUGUCCCCGUAACCAUUACUGUCGGGGAAGUCGUUUUCAACCGUUCUAUUCUCAACUGGGAGAGUCGGCCUGCCAAAGAAAACUGUUACUCAAGGCAUCUUAAGAGAAGCAUUUCUCCAUCUUGCAGCCAAUGAGAGAUCCGGGAUUGAUUAUGACGAAGACCUUGUUCAUCUGUUUCCCGCUGGUUCUCCUGGCGGGACGUCUCCUCGUGGUCACCGGACAAGCCAACGAGCCCAACCAACCAGAAGCCCCGCCGCCCGCCACACAGACAUCAGUCGUCUCUGGUAGAGAGAGCCCGGCGAGGUUCAACGCCAAUGUCUCCGCCCCUCGGCACAUGCGGCCUUCGCCGCCGAUGUGCUUGGGGCCUACCGAGAUCAGAGACACAUUUAAGUACAUCAACACUGUGGUGUCGUGUCUCGUGUUCGUCGUCGGUAUUAUCGGGAACUUCACGCUCCUCAGAAUCAUCUACAAGAACAAGGGCAUGCGCAAUGGCCCCAAUAUUCUCAUCGCCAGCCUGGCGCUGGGAGACCUGCUGCACAUUGUGAUCGAUAUUCCCAUCAAUGUGUACAAGCUCCUAGCCGAGGACUGGCCGUUUGGUGUAGGUCUGUGUAAACUAGUGCCGUUUGUCCAGAAAGCUUCAGUGGGCAUUACUGUGCUGAGCUUGUGUGCUCUGAGCAUCGACAGGUACCGCGCCGUAGCGUCGUGGAACCGUAUUAAGGGGAUCGGUGUUCCCAAGUGGACGGCUAUAGAGAUCGCACUCAUCUGGCUGCUGUCCAUACUGCUGGCGGUCCCCGAGGCUAUAGCCUUCGACAUGCUCGCCAUGGACUACAAGGGAGAGCACCUCCGCAUCUGUCUGCUACACCCCAUGCAGAAAUCAGACUUUAUGAGUUUCUAUAAGUCCGCUAAGGACUGGUGGCUGUUCAGUGUGUAUUUCUGCCUCCCUCUGGCCGUCACCGCCGUCUUCUACACCCUGAUGACUUGUGAGAUGCUGAGGAAGAAGAACGGAGUCCAGAUCACCCUGAGUGACCAUCUCAAACAGAGGCGAGAGGUGGCUAAGACAGUGUUCUGCCUGGUGCUGGUGUUUGCUCUAUGCUGGCUGCCCCUCCAUCUCAGCCGCAUCCUCAAGCUCACCAUCUACGACGAGAAGGACCCCAACCGCUGUGAACUGCUCAGUUUCUUCCUGGUGCUAGACUACAUUGGGAUCAACAUGGCGUCUCUUAACUCCUGCAUCAACCCCAUCGCUCUCUACAUGGUCAGCAAGCGUUUCAAGAGCUGCUUCAGGUCAUGCCUGUGUUGCUGGUGUCUGCCAGCGGAGAUGUUGAUUGAUGAGAAGCAGUCCUGUAUGAAGCUCAAAGUCACAGACCGGACCGACCAGAGCAACUCACGUGCUACUAACAAGUACACUUCAGCAUGAGAGGGGUUCCCGCGCACUCAAUGAAGUCUCGUAUUAGUGCUCGAAAGGACUAAUUGAAGAUCAGUCAUGUGACCUGAUCCUGACCGAAACCAUUAUGAGAUGGCCAUAAAAUGUGUCCUAAGAAGUGCCCUUACUCAGUAGAUGUAGUUUUAAACCGCCAGGGGAAAAUAAGUGCCCUAAAGGAUCCAGCGAAGUCUCCUCUGAUUGGAGGAAGAAGUACUCAAAUGUACUUAAACCCACAAGUGUUGCGGACAGGGGUUUUGGUUCAGAAUAAACUGUCAAAUCGCCAGAAAUUCAGCUAGAAAUUAGUUUACUUUAUGAAAAUCUGUUAAUUUAGGAAAUCUGUUCUCAAAGAUUUCCCACAAAUACAUCUUAAAAAGAGUCUCAAUGUAAUUCAAGAUAUGAAAUUACAAUUUGGGCUUAGUUGUGGUCAGUUUGCAGUGUACAAAUGAUGAUCCAGACCCCCGACCAUCCGCUACGACAAAAAUGGUCCCGCGGCUGAAUCUAGUUGUCUACCCCUGGUCGAGAAUGUUUAGCUGGGAGACUGUUGAUGGAGAAGAGGAUCAUUUGGGGAAAGACGAGUGGAGGGAUAGAUAUUAGUAUUAUUGAUGAUGAAUGGCACAACAUCGGAUUUUGUCAUAUUGUGGAGAAAUGACACUGCCGGUUGUGACUCCCCCUGGUUAUUACCUCUAUAGGAAUGUUCAUAAGGUACACGACAUCAGGCAAACCCAAAGGGGCUGUGGCAGAGGCGUCAUAGUGAAAAUGCCUGAGGUUGAGACAUAGGGAACGUUAUAUGAACAUAGCAAGAAGGUUGAAAUAUUGUACUGUAUAAUAUAUGUGCGGCUUUUUUAACAUAUCCUGUAUACUACUCUGAAUUCAAGGACUUCAGAAUGAAUUCGUUUUCACGCCUUUGCUAAAUUGCUUUUACACUAUGUGAUAUUGCUAGGAUUUGACUUGGAUAGUUUGCUAUGGCAUCUUUGAAUGUUUUGACUUCACGUUCUGUAUUGCUCCUAGGAUUGAUCUGUUUCUCAUUAAACUGCUGAUCUGA